AUGAAUAUACUUGUUCAAACAGAUCGCGUUCUACCGUCGCUGGUCGUUCUGGCAUUGCUUCUAACCAGCACCAUGGGUUGCAUUCAGAGCAUCGUCUGCAAGCCGCGAAUCAGACGGGAGAAUAUAGUGGUGUAUGAGGUCUCGGCCUCCAUUGACCAGUGCCCCACUGUAAUCGAGGAGAACUCGCCGAUUGUACUGCGCUACAAGACGCCCUAUUUCAGGGCUUCUGCGGGUAUUGUAAUGCCUCCCGUGCCAAGAAAUGAAACCUGGACUGUGGGUUGGAUUCAGGCUUGCACUCAAAUGGAAUUCUACAAUACAUACGGGGAUAUUGGAAUGUCCAGCUGGGAGCUGCCAGAGCUACGGGAGGGCCGUGCCAAGGCCAUCAGUGACUCUGACGGUGUCAGUUACCCCUGGUACGGGAACACCACAGAGACAGUCACACUGGUGGGACCGACGUACAAGCCCUCGCGUUUGACUGUCAGCAUGAAUGACAACUUUUACCCCAGCGUCACCUGGGCCGUCCCCAUCAGCAACAGCAACACCCCCAUGCUGACGCACAUCACGCGCGACCAGAGCUUCAUUACCUGGCUGGUGGCCCUCAACGCCGUCACCAAGGAGCGCAUCGUGCUGCAGACCAUCCGCUGGCGCAUGCGCGUGGACAUCACCGUCGACCCCGGCAUGCCCCUGGGCUCACGUGCCUCGCUGAUGGGCCGACCACACCAGGAGCAACCUCACAUCCUCAACAACCCGGAGCCCAUCCCGCCCAACGCGCUGGGCCGCCCCAAUGCCAACGACGCCCAGGUGCUGAUGUGGAGGCCCCGGAGGGGGGCGUCGCUCGUGGUGAUUCCACCCAAGUAA